AUGGUCCUCUGCCUGGAUGAAUCCAAUUCCUCCGCUUCGCAUACAACCUCCGCUGUCUACGCCGGUAGCUACGUCGAUAGCUAUGCCGAUAGCCAUCCCGACCUGAGCCGUGCGAGUAUCUCAAAUCCUUUGAGUGGGCUUGCGGAUUGCCCUGGUUUGUUGCAGUCCAGGAUGACGAGAGCCGACCGUCUAAUGGGCAGGGAGUGGUAG